AUGCGUUAUAGUCUAAGAAUACUGGUUGUCGCAGCAUUUGUGUCAACCGCUCUUGCAAAUUUCGCCAUAUAUAUCGGGAAGACUAACGACAUCACUGACGUUGGCGUAACCUUCAGUUCCACAGAAUUGCAGAUUCACAAGCACGCGCCGCUUAGCUGCUCUGACAUGGGCCACGUGAUUCCCAUCUCUGCGAGCACUAUAAACGAUGCGAGCAAGGGUCGCUGGGCCUGUGAUGGGUGUAACGCAAAAGCGCCUAGGGAUUGGAUCAUCAGCCGGUUCGAGAUGUACAACCGGAAAAACGCCAUUGGUCGUUCCACUGAUCACCCUUUUCCACUAUUCAAUAGGGCUACUGGAGCCGUUACUUUGUAUGGAACUGGAAAUGGGAAUUAUGACAUGAGGGACAUCAACAAUACCUUUCUUGGGACUUGUAACCGUCCUCGUCGCCCCCAGGAGAUGGACUGCUGGCAGCUUAUCUCGGCAACCUUUCUCACACAUGUAUUUACUUGCACCACUGACCUCGUCCCAAAUGAGAGACUACGGAUAUCAAUUUAA